GUGCCUUGAAGCAGACUGGGAACUGACAGGGCCCUGCUUGCAAAGUCGUCAAUGUAUGCCAGAGCUAAAUACAUCAUUAAGUUCAUCUUGGAUCAUGCAUUUCAGACUCCCUCCAGAGCAGGAAAAUACUCUGUUCUCACAUCCAAGAUUCUUUUCCCUGUUGUUCACCGACUAGAAAUCCAGACGUUACCUUCGAUUGACUGAAUAUUACCUCAUGUUUGGCUGAGGACUCGGACUCGGCCCAGUGAAUCCCAGAGAUGGCGAAGUACACAAGAGGCACUGUGACAGCCUUCUCUCCUUUUGAUGCGAGAGCUGAUGCAGAAGCUCUUCGUAAGGCCAUGAAGGGAAUGGGGACUGAUGAAGAAACUAUUCUGAAGAUCCUUACCAGCAGAAACAAUGCUCAGCGUCAAGAAAUUGCAUCUGCCUUUAAAACCUUAUUUGGCAGGGAUCUUGUAGAUGACCUGAAAUCAGAACUUACCGGCAAAUUUGAAACGUUGAUGGUAUCUUUGAUGAGACCAACAUAUAUUUUUGAUGCUCAUGCACUGAAGCAUGCCAUCAAGGGAGCAGGAACCAAUGAGAAAGUGUUGACUGAAAUUCUUGCCUCCAGAACACCCACGGAAGUGCGGAAUAUUAAGCAGGUUUAUCUGCAAGAGUAUGAGGCCAACUUGGAGGAUAAGGUCACGGGAGAAACAUCAGGCUAUUUUCAGAGACUGCUGGUGGUCCUGCUGCAGGCGAAUAGAGAUCCUGAUGGCAGAGUUGAUGAGGGUCUUGUUGAGCAGGAUGCUCAGGUUUUGUUUAGAGCUGGGGAGCUGAAAUGGGGAACAGAUGAAGAAAAGUUCAUCACCAUCUUGGGAACCCGAAGUGUUUCCCAUUUAAGGCGGGUGUUUGACAAAUACAUGACUAUUUCCGGCUUUCAAAUUGAAGAGACCAUUGAUCGCGAAACCUCUGGUGAUUUGGAGAAGCUGCUUUUGGCAGUUGUGAAAUGCAUCCGAAGCGUGCCUGCCUAUUUUGCCGAGACUCUGUAUUAUUCCAUGAAGGGGGCUGGCACUGAUGAUGAUACCCUGAUCAGAGUCAUGGUUUCAAGAAGUGAAAUUGAUCUGUUGGAUAUUAGACAAGAAUUCAGAAAGAAUUUCGCAAAGUCAUUGCAUCAAAUGAUUCAGAAAGAUACAUCUGGGGACUACAGGAAAGCACUCCUGCUCCUUUGUGGUGGAGAUGAUGAGUAAUGGUGACAGUGACACGAAGGAUUUGUUGUACUCCAGCUUUGCAGCCCUUUAGUUAGCAUGUCUAGCUAAGUUUUUGUAUCUUAAUGCUUCGUGGCUGUUCGAAUUCAUACUAGUAUUGCACUUAUUAAAAAUGAGCGUAUUGUUGUCCAAGUGAUAGCUGAUCCCUCCUCUUCCUGACGUCCCAACUUCCAGGAAUUUCAAGUGCCUUCUGUGAGUAUGCGAGAGUCAUCUUCAUAGAAGAUGGAUACUGAGCACAGAACCCAGUUCUUUGCAAAUGUUUUGCUGAAAUAGAAAAAAAAAUCAUGUAUUUCACUAAUAAUUUGAAGAUUCUCUUUUUUUGCUUUUAUUCCUUAUAUUUCCACUGAAUGUUAAGCUAGCUCUAACAUUGCAAAUGAAGAAAACAUAUGCUUUGUAUGUAAUAUUUGAAUGAAUUUGCUGAACAUAAUACAAGCAAUCAUUGGAAAUCUAAAGGACCAAUAAAUUUUUUCCCUCUCA